AAACGUUAAUCUUUAGAGAGGUAAAUUUAAAGGCGGGCUCCUUCUCAUUCUCAGUGACGUCGUGUCGAGCGCAGAGGCAGGGCAGGGAAGAUCUCAGUCACUCCUCCCCAUUUAUAACCAUGGCGCUCUUCCGAACAGCGGCCUCCAGGCUCCUCCACGCCCAGCAGAAGGCAUGUCCCCUUCGUGCAACGGCAGUAGCGGUGGCGCGGGCCCAGUACUCCACCGAGAACACUGACCUGCGGGAGGUGAUGGCACAGAAGAUCCCGGUCAUGCAGGAGAAGGUGAAGGCAUUCCGCAAAGCCCAUGGCAGCACCAAGGUCGGGGAGAUCACAGUUGACAUGAUGUAUGGUGGCAUGAGGGGCAUGAAGGGGCUGGUGACUGAGACCUCCGUGCUCGACCCAGAGGAGGGGAUCCGCUUCAGGGGCUAUUCUAUCCCAGAGUGCCAGAAGGUCCUGCCCACUGCUGACGGAGGUGAAGAGCCCCUGCCCGAGGGUCUCUUUUGGCUCCUGUGCACUGGCGACAUCCCCACAAAAGCUCAGGUGGCGGCCAUAUCCAAGGAGUGGGCUGACCGUGCUGACCUCCCGCCUCAUGUGGUCAACAUGCUCAACAACUUCCCCUCCAACCUCCAUCCCAUGGCCCAGUUCUCAGCAGCCAUCACUGCCCUCAACUCUGAGAGCAAGUUUGCCAAAGGCUACUCAGAGGGUGUGCACAAGGCAAAGUACUGGGAGCUCUGCUUCGAAGACUCUAUGGACCUGAUUGCAAAGCUUCCCACCGUGGCUGCCACCAUCUACCGCAACCUUUACCGUGACGGCACUAGCAUUGGUGCCAUUGAUCCUAAGAAGGACUGGGCUGCCAAUUUCACUGCCAUGCUGGGCUAUGACGACCCACAGUUUACGGAACUAAUGCGCCUCUACCUCACCAUUCACAGUGACCAUGAAGGCGGCAACGUAUCAGCCCACACUACUCACUUGGUGGGAUCUGCCCUCUCAGACCCAUACUUAUCCUUCGCUGCUGGUAUGAAUGGCCUUGCUGGGCCACUUCAUGGCUUAGCCAAUCAGGAGGUGCUCUUGUGGGUGACGAAACUGCGCAGCGAAAUUGGAGAUGAUGUGACAGAGGAGCAGCUAAAGGAAUUUAUCUGGAAGACUCUCAAGUCUGGCCAGGUGGUGCCAGGCUAUGGCCAUGCUGUGCUGCGCAAGACUGACCCUCGGUACAGUUGUCAGCGUGAAUUUGCUCUCAAACACUUGCCUGAUGACAAGCUCUUCAAGUUGGUGGCCAAGUUGUACAACGUGGUGCCAGGCAUCCUGUCGGAACUGGGCAAGGUGCAGAACCCUUGGCCCAAUGUAGAUGCUCAUUCCGGCGUGCUGCUGCAGCACUACGGCAUGACAGAAAUGAACUACUACACCGUGCUCUUUGGAGUAUCCCGUGCCCUGGGUGUUCUCUCCUCCCUCGUUUGGGACCGUGCUCUUGGCUUGCCCCUUGAACGACCUAAGUCUAUGAGCACUGAGGGUCUCCAGAAGCUGGUGGGUGCCACAGCUGCCAAGGCUGCCUAAUGACCUAUGGUGGUAACAAGCUGGAAUCUCCUGUAAAGGGAAAGGUUUAUCUUCCAGUAUAUUGAGGUUAUGUGGCAAGAAUAAACUUAACAUGUGGUUAACCAACAUUGAAUUCAAUCCCCAUAAAGUACAGUGAUUGGUACUUUAAUGAAUUAGUAUAUUAUAAUCUAAUCAGGGACAUUGGUUACUCCCAGCUUCAGAAGUUUAUAUGACAAAGCUGCUGUUUAGUCUUGCUAAAAAAAUAAGAAAAGUACACAAUCAUUUUUAGAUAUUUUUUUGUGCAAGAUUGAAAUGUAUUUUGAGAAAAUAUAUUUUAUAACAUUUAUAACUGCAAGAGUGAUAGUUCCUGAGAUCGUGCAGCUGCCACACAAAGAAGGUCGCUCAAGCAGUUUCUAAUGCAAAGAGAAAACUUUUGGGUGCAAGACUCCAUAUGCAAGCCAGGGAACUCUUUGUUAUCUUGAUAAGGCUCUUUAUUUAUUUUCCCUAUGUAAAUUAACCCUGAUGGAUCCUUCCUUCGUCUGCAUUUUGUGUUCAGUGCCUUAAGAGGACCCAAGAACUCUUUUGGCAGUUACCCUUCUUGCUGGUUUGACUCUUUCUGUUGUAUUUUCAUCGAACCUAUUCUUGAAGGUAGCUGUAGACCACAAGAUGGCAGAGACUGAAGUUGAAGUCACUAACCCACACACGGGCCAGGGACUGAUGUACGAAGUUUUUCAUUAAGUGACACUAAUGUGCACUUGAUCCUGGGUAGCUCCAAGCUGUAAAUAAAUGUAUAUUAAUGAUGGCACUCAAUUAAAUGUUUACUGUAAGGAGUACAAACCAGUAAAGUGUGUUUCCGUAA